AACAGAUCGUAUUUAUCAACGAAAAUUAAUUAGUCUAAAGAUAACCCUUUUCCUUUGUUUGACUUUUCAUAAUCAUAAUUUUUUUUUAAAAUUUGAUUAUAAUAUAUCGUUGCUUCCAAUUCUUUCAAUCGUCAAACAAAGACGAAGAAGGAGACGAAGGAGGAGAGGAUCUGCAUUCCAUAUUUUUAAAGCUUGAAUCAGUUCUUUUGAUGGGAGGAGAUGGAACACCCACAUUUACUGUGGAUGAAGCUCUUUUGGCCAUGGGGUUUGGAAAAUUCCAAAUUCUUGUGCUUGCUUAUGCUGGAAUGGGUUGGGUUUCAGAAGCAAUGGAAAUGAUGCUUCUCUCUUUUAUAGGCCCGGCAGUUCAAUCUUUAUGGGGUCUUUCUUCCCAUGAAGAGAGCCUAAUAACCAGUGUGGUUUUUGUUGGCAUGCUAAUUGGAGCCUAUUCGUGGGGUGUAGUCUCAGAUAAACACGGAAGAAGGAAAGGGUUCCUCAUCACUGCAGUAGUUACUUCUGGAGCCGGCUUUCUGAGUGCCUUGGCACCAAAUUACGUUUCAUUGAUUAUUCUUCGUUGUUUGGUUGGUCUUGGUUUGGGAGGCGGGCCUGUUCUCUGCUCCUGGUUUCUAGAGUUUAUUCCUGCCCCAAGCAGAGGCACCUGGAUGGUUGUUUUCCAAGGAUUCUGGACUGUUGGGACAAUUUUUGAAGCCUCACUGGCAUGGUUUGUCAUGCCAACAUUGGGUUGGAGAUGGCUGCUUGCUCUGUCUUCUCUCCCUUCAUCAUUUCUCCUUCUCUUCUAUGGAUUGGCACCUGAGUCACCCAGAUUUUUAUGCUUGAAAGGUAGAAAAGCUGAGGCGCUUGGUAUUUUGGAGAAAAUAGGUAGAUUGAAUGGAGUAAAAGUGCCUUCUGGAAUUCUUGUUUCUGAUCAUGAAAUUGAGUUAGCGGGAAAGAGUACUCCAACGGAGGAUACCAAGUUGCUUCCACCAAAAGAUAGUGAAUAUGCAACUCCUAUGGAAACGAAUCCUAAUGCAGAAGGCAUCUCAUCAGUACUGAAGCUUCUUUCACCAGAAUUAGUUAGGUCAACCACACUCUUAUGGAUAGUAUUCUUUGGAAAUGCAUUUUCAUAUUAUGGCCUGGUAUUAUUGACAACGGAGUUGCACAAUGGACGUAACAGAUGUGGUCCAAAGGAAUUGCAUUCAGAAAAAUCCCAGGAUGUUAGCUACAAAGAUGUUUUCAUUACUACUUUUGCAGAGUUUCCUGGGCUCCUCUUAUCUGCUGCCACAGUGGAUAAAUUUGGUCGUAAGUUUUCAAUGUCAGUUAUGUUCUUCCUGUGUUGCAUUUUCCUGCCUCCAUUGGUAUUCCAUCAGCCUCAGGCUCUAACAACAGGCCUUCUAUUUGGCGCUCGAAUAUGCAUCACUACAACCUUCACAGUUGUGUAUAUAUAUGCUCCAGAGAUAUACCCAACCUCUAUCAGAUCAACUGGUGUUGGAGUUGCAAGCUCAGUGGGAAGAAUUGGUGGGAUGGUAUGUCCUCUUGUGGCAGUAGGUUUAGUGCAUGGAUGUCAUCAAACGGCUGCAAUUAUGCUGUUUGAGAUUGUAAUUUUUGUUUCAGGGAUAUGUGUAUUGUUUUUCCCAUUAGAAACAAAGGGUCGGGACUUGAGUGAUAGCAUUUCUAGUUCAAAACAAACGAAUCAAUUUGUUUAAGUUAAAAUAGCAAGUGAGGGCUUGUCCCUUCUGUAUACCAUAUUCAUUUAUUACAAAAGAUAAUAAAAAAGAAAUUUGAUA